AUGGGAGGCCUCUGCUCCCCGCUGGCCGCGCUGCUGCUGCUGGUGCUCCCGUCCCCAGUGCAUGUGUUCAGCCGUAUCAUCGGGGGGCAGGAUGCACAGGAGGGUCGAUGGCCCUGGCACGUCAGUGUGGAGGAAUAUUACCACCACGUCUGUGGAGGAUCCCUCGUCUCAGCCCAGGGGGUGGUGUCAGCUGCUCACUGCUUCGAUCCUCACAUCGUCAUCCACCCUGACUACAACCAGAGCACGUUCUUCGCCGACAUCGCCCUGGUGCAGCUAAUGAAACCGGUCAACUUCACGGACACCAUCCGCCCCAUCUCCCUGCCGGGCCCCUCCACCCAGUUCCCAGCAGGGGGAAAGUGCUGGGUCACUGACUGGGGCAGCAUCAGAUGGGGCUGUGGAGAUACAUGGAAGCCGCCCAAGACCCUUCACGUUCCCCUCAUCACUGUGUCGACCUGUAAAGAAAAUGUCUCAAAAUGCAAAUAUCAGAUCCAAGAUGACAUGCUGUGCGCGGGGUCCGGAGGUGACUGUACUGGCCCCUGUGAGGUGGGCUACUUGGCUUAG